UAAGAGGAAGUCCGGAGGGUUGAAGCCUGAUUAUAUAGCGAACUGAAAAGUGGAGGGAGGGAGAUCGCGCUUCCGGCCAAAGAGUCAACAACACACACAACACACAGUCGAUUCGAUUUAAUUAGAAGAUGGCAUGGAGUGCGACGAUGAUCGGAGCCCUUCUGGGGCUUGGCACUCAGAUGUAUUCCAAUGCUCUCCGUAAACUCCCUUACAUGCGCCAUCCCUGGGAGCACGUGGUUGGAAUGGGAUUGGGAGCCGUCUUCGUCGAUCAGCUCGUCAAGUGGGACGCUAAGCUCCAGGAGGACCUUGACAAGAUGCUCGAGAAGGCCAAAGCUGCCAACGAGCGCCGUUACUUUGAUGACGACGACGAUUGAUUGUGGAAGCCUUGCUAUGGAUGCGGCUUUUCUAUAAGAAGUCAACUGUGUUCACUUUUUGUUUUUCUUUAUCAAUUUUUUAAAUAGAAGUCACCCAUGUUUUCAGAGAAUGAGGUUGUGUUGAGCCUCUGUCAGUUAUGGACGCACUUUUCUGAAAUAUUUGAACAUUCCUAGUUUUUGUUGGGUAGCUCCUUUGUUUCUGCUCAACAGAAACUUAAUAGGAAGGGUACUGUUUAAGUUCUGAAAUAAUAAGGAAUUACCAUUUGUGUAAUAUUAUCAGCUGAUGCUCUCUCCCUCUAAGUUUUAACUUAAUUCCA